GCCUCAAGCCUCUCUCCGUUCCACACACACACCUCGUCUUUCAAAGAGAUAUUGAAUCUCGCCUCUCGCUCUCUCUACCAACAACGCUUUCAAGAGCCGUUUAUCACGCAAAGGCCGAGUUUAUGUCCAUCGAAAACCUCAAGACCUUCGACCCCUUCGCCGAAGCCGACGAAGAUACCGGCGAGACCAAACAGUCUCAGAACUAUAUCCACAUACGGAUUCAGCAGCGCAAUGGUCGUAAGACUCUGACCACUGUCCAGGGUCUGCCUAAGAAGUUCGACCAGAAGAAGAUUCUUAAGGUCAUCAAGAAGAAGUUCGCUUGCAAUGGCACCAUCGUCGCUGACACCGAGAUGGGCGAGGUGAUUCAGCUGCAAGGAGACCAGCGAAAGGAUGUCCAGGAGUUCUUGACUGACAAGAAGGAGGGCCUGGAGCUUGAUGCCAAGACCAUCAAGGUCCACGGAUUCUAAUCCCAACAACAUGCCUUGUUCCGAUCCCCUCUUCCCAGUUUGUUGCCCUGUGAGCGGUGGUAUAGGAAGCUUGCCCAUGCAUCUCUAUCCCGCUGGCCUCUCUCUGUACUGGCCCUCAAACCGAUCAGGACUCUUGCUUUCUCCCCCCACCACUCUGUGCCUGGCGUAGAGCUGGGCCUUGUCGAAAUGACCCGCUACACCUGUGUGCGCCGAUACCCGCAUGGUCGGCAGGAGAGCGGGGGCUCGACCGCUUAUCAUUAGGACGGGAUUAUGACGGAACGACGCGUUGGUAGAUACCCAUUACCUGCUUAGCCAGACAAUUCUUUAUCUCUUUUUUUCUUAUGACUGUGUUCGCAUUCGUUUCCUCUCUGAGAGGGUUACUUGUUGCUCAUUGCCUUGGUCAAUUUGUCAACCUGGCUUCUCAAGGAGAUCCAGGGACUGGGGC